AUGAAGGUCGCACUCCUUGCCAACCCUGCUCGAGGAGAGAUCAACGUCCUCCUUGCGACGGCGUAUGAGCUCAUCCGGCUAGGUCACGAUGUUACGUUCCUCACCGGCUCUUCUUUUCGCAAUGCCAUCGCCGAGUUCAGAAGCGAGCAAAACGAUCCCAUACUGGCAGCCAGGAUCCACUUUUCGGAUCUGGGCAGCGCGCGAGCGGUCGAGGACUUUACACGAGGCAUGCAGUCGCAUCUCAAGGGGCUCCGUAAGCCACCUGGCGACUACAGCAGCAUGGAGAUCUGCCAGAUUGUCGCACUCGUAACAGAACAGGAGUUCCGCGAUGCUGCCACCACCGUGCGUGAUCGCUUGCUGGAAAUCGAUCCUGACAUGAUUGCGGUCGAUGCGCUCUCACCCAACCUUGUCACUGGCUGUCGCAUGACUGGUCUGCCGUGGAUGUUCACCGUACCGUGCUCGCCAUCUCUGACUGCCACACGCAAGAGUUUGUUCGACCCACAUCCCAUGGGACGUAGGCGACAGAGGACGGUCAUGUCCGCGCUCGAGAACUUCAAGCUCACCAUCGUCGAAACGUACGGCAACGCCACCAAGAAGGAUCUGUACGCACGACGCGCGCUGCUCAAGAAGGAGUUCAAGCUGAAAUCGAUGGGAUUCAACGCCGACAGUGCCAUUGUUCCUCCUCUCUGGAAGGAUCCUAAUUGCGUUGGCGGUAUCCACUUCAAUACGCCGGGCCUCACAGAUUCGAUUCGACAGCCUCAUCAGAUCACAUUUGUCGGAGCAGGCAUGACGAGUGAUCCCGAGAACCACGAUUCACCGACGCACGAUGCAGCUAGUUUCGUGAAGCAGCUGAGCCCGUCGUCGUCGACCACAUUCAAGCCCGUGCUGACUUUGCUCUCAAAGCCGAGCCGAGAUGCGGAUGUGGAAUGGAUGGACGAAGCGUAUGCGGCCGGCGAGUCGGUGGUGUACCUCAACAUGGGGAGCAUGUUCCUGUGGACCGACGCCGAACUGCGAUCGUGUCUACGCGCAUUCGAGCGACUGCACAAAACAAGCGGAGGCAAGAUCAAGCUGCUGUGCAAACUCAACAGGCCAAAGCGUAACCCUGGCAGCCCAGGCUCCGCCUCACCGCCCUUUACACCGGACUGCUCCGAGAAACGACCGGUGGUGGACUUGAGGCGACCCAGCGGUGCCUCUACGCUGGUAGCCGAAAAGAUGAAUGACGCGAUCAACCUGCUCAAGCUUCGACGCAACACGGACGCUGAAAAGGGCUACUCGCAGCACACGCUCUCGGAGUUUGAGGGUCUGGAGUACGUGCGCUUCACACGAUGGGUGCACGACCAGCGCAAGAUCUACAAGCAUCCUGCGCUCCGAGCUGUGAUCCACCACGGAGGCGGCAACUCGUUCAACGAGGCAGUCCACUACGCGCUCCCACAGAUGGUGCUCUCGCAGUGGUUCGAUACGCACGAGUACGGCAUCCUAACUGAAAAGUUUGGCAUCGGACUGCGCAGCAAGCAUGCGCCCCGUGUCGACGAGGACGAUCUGGUCGCCAAGAUGACGCGCUUGCUGGAAGGCGAAGAGGCGGACAAGAUCAGGCGCAACGCCAAGGUGUGGUCGGUGCGCAGCCGAAACGCCGGCGGUGCACCUGCUGCGGCUCGUUUGAUCGAGACGCAGGCUACGCUGUUCCGCCAGCAGAAGCAAGCCACACGCGCUGCGCUGCAGACUCAAUCGGUGGGCGAGGAGGAGAGCGAGGUGAGCUACAGCCCCAAGGUACUCUCGAGCGCGGCUUCCACCGUCGGCUGCGACUGA